AUGUCGAAGCCAACAGCUAACUGGGAGAAAGUCGGCGACAAAUUCUACCGCAAGGUCCAACUCUACACGGCCGUCUUCGACUCGGAUCUCGAGCUCGAAAACUACAAUGUGGUGGGGGCGCCGUACAGCGGUGCUGUAGCCGUCUACCGUGAUGAGGAGAAGCUGCACACAUACCGCGGACCGGGUGCAACCAAGGCGAGCAUCGAUCUCUACAGUUGCGCUGGCAAGCUCAUCCGUAGUAUCAACUGGGACAAGGGCACGAUCAAAGGCUUGGGAUGGUCCGAAGACGAGAAGCUGCUUGUUGUGAGCUCGGACGGCACGGUGCGCUGCUACUGCGACCUCCAGGGCGACUUCGUCCCCUUCACGCUGGGCCAUGGCGCAGAUGAAUAUGGCGUGGUCUCGUGUAGAUUCUACAGCACUGGCUUUGUCGCCUUGCUUGGCAACAAUCAUCUCAUCUCUAUCACUUCAUACACCGAACCGCGUCCCAAGCUCCUCGCCAUUCCGCCCAAUGAGCCUGUCGUGUCGUGGAGCAUCAUUCCACCGGCAUACUCCCUUUCGCGAUCGAUAGAGGUCAUUCUUGCCAUUGGAGCCACCCUAUAUGUCGUCGAUGCGACCGAAGCCGAGGAUCGCAACUUCAAUGCUGGUCCCUUCAGACACAUAGGCAUCAGCCCGCGCGCUGAGUUCCUCGCCUUUUACACAGACGAUGGCAAGGUCUGGGUAGUCAGUGGCGACUGGAGCGAGAAGCUCAGCGAGUACGACAGCGGAGUCAAGACUGUACCCAAAGACAUGCAGUGGUGCGGGUCCAACGCCGUAGCUCUGGCCUGGGAAGAUGAAGUCCACUUGAUUGGGCCCAAUAGCGCAGCUACCAAGUUCUACUACGACACCUGGGUCCAUUUACUCCCAGAUGUGGACGGCAUACGGCUUUUUACAAACGAGGUGUGUGAAUUCAUUCAGAAGGUGCCGGACGAAGCGGUGGAAGUCUUCAGGUUAGGGUCGGACUCGCCUGCUGCAAAUUUGCUUGAGGCGUCAUCUUUGCUGGAUCAGAAGAGUCCAAAAGCGGACGAUCUCAUUCAAUUGAUUCGCCCAAACCUGGCGGAGGCAGUCGACACGUGCAUCAAAGCAGCCGCGCACGAAUACAAUAUACACUGGCAAAAGGCACUACUAAAGGCAGCAUCGUACGGCAAAUCAGUACUCGAUCUCUAUUCAUCCGACGACUUCGUCGACAUAUGCGAUACCCUGAGGGUCCUUAACGCCGUCCGCUUUUACGAGGUCGGGCUACCAUUGAGCUAUGAUCAAUACCGUCGGAUGACACCCGAAAAACUGAUCGAGCGUCUUACGAAUCGCAACGAAUAUCUUUUGGCAUUACGCAUAGCCGACCACUUACAUCUACCGGCCAACCAGAUACAUGGCCACUGGGCGCAGCAGAAGGUCCGCGUCUCCCAAGCUCCAGAAGAAGAGAUAUGCAGCUUAAUCGUCAAAAAGCUGUGUGGUAAGCCCGGGGUCUCCUUCGAAGAGAUAGCGCGUGCGGCCUAUGAUGAAGGACGUGUGCGCCUGGCGACGGAACUACUGAACUAUGAACCUAGAGCUGGCAAGCAGGUUCCCCUGUUGCUCAAUAUGAAAGAGGACACAAUUGCGCUGGACAAAGCGAUCGAAUCGGGCGACACAGAUCUUGUCUAUCAUGUACUCUUGCAUCUACGCAAGAAAUUACCACUCGCUUCCUUCUUCCGUGUCAUCAACAGCCGACCCAUGGCAACCGCCCUUGUUGAGUCUUCGGCGUGGGAUCAAGACCGAGAAUUACUCAAAGAUCUCUACUACCAGGAUGACAGGCGGCUAGACGGAUCAAAUCUCCUCCUCUUGGAAGCACUAACGCAACCCGACCUGCGUGCCUCUCUUGACAAACUCAAGCUUGCUUCAAAAUACCUGCAAGACUCUCGCGACAACGCCGCAGUCUUCCAGCGACAAGCCCUCGAUGACGCUUCAAAACUCCUGAAGAUGCAAGAAGCUUUUGAGAAAGACCUUGGAUCCAGAGACCCCGUACCUGCAGGCAGCACAACGCCCGGCCAAUCCUUCAUUGGCCUCAGCGCCAAUCAGACAAUCUUCCAUCUCAUACGUCAAGGACAUUACAAGCGGGCCCAACGCGUACAAGCCGAGUUCAAAAUCUCUGACAAAACCUACGCUUACGUCCGCCUCCGAGCUCUUGUAGCAGCUCGCCACUGGGUCGAGCUCGAAGAGAGCGCAAAGCAGAAGAAGAGCCCAAUCGGGUGGGAACCGUUUUUCAAUGAGAUACUGGCAGCGGGUAACACUAGGGUGGCUAGUGUAUUCAUUUCUAAAUGCACAAAUUUGACAGUGGCGGAGAGGACAAACAUGUGGGUCAAAUGUGGAUUGUUGGUCAAGGCUGGGGAGGAGGCAUUCAAGGCCAAGGACAGGCCCCUGUUGGAGGAGAUCAGAGACAAGGCCGGGGGCAGUGCAGCAGUAGAGAUUGAGCGUUAUCUGGGCAUGUUGGGACAGGGGAGACGGUAG